AGCGGGCAACGAGUCAUCUGGCACGACAGCGGGCACCGAGUCAUCUGGCAUGACAACAGGCAACGAGUCAUCUGGCACGACAACGGGCAACGAGUCAUCUGGCACGACAGCGGGCACCGAGUCAUCUGGCACGACAGCGGGCAACGAGUCUUCCGGCACGACAACGGGCAACGAGUCAUCUGGCACGACAACGGGCAAUGAGUCAUCUGGCACGACAGCGGGCAACGAGUCAUCUGGCACGACAGCGGGCACCGAGUCAUCUGGCAGAACAGCGGGCAACGAGUCAUCUGGCACGACAGCGGGCAACGAGUCAUCUGGCACGACAGCGGGCACCAAGUCACCAAGCGGGCAACGAGUCAUCUGGCAGAACAGCGGGCAAUGAGUCAUCUGGCAGAACAGCGGGCACCGGGUCACCAUGCUCAACAGCAGGCAACGAGUCAUCUGGCAUGACAGCGGGCAACGAGUCAUCUGGCACGACAGCGGGCACCGAGUCAUCUGGCAGAACAGUGGGCAACGAGUCAUCUGGCACGACAGCGGGCACCGAGUCACCAAGCAGAACAGCGGGCAAUGAGUCAUCUGGCAGAACAGCGGGCAACGAGUCAUCUGGCAGAACAGUGGGCAUCAGAACAGCAGGCAACGAGUCAUCUGGCUGGAUCGGGUCAUCAGGCCAGAUCGGGUCAUCGGGCAUCAGGGCAUCAGGCUGG